CUUGCUGGAAGGUUUACACAUCAAAAAUGAAGUUUGUCAGUGCUGCGUGCAUCUGGAUUUGUCUGUCAGGGUUUAGACAUUCAGCUGCUGAUGGGAUUCACAUAAACAAACCUGAAGGAGAUCAAGUCACAAUUACAUGUACUCAUGAAUGGGCUUCAGAUAACAAGAAGUAUUUCUGCAGAGAUCCAUGCAAAAAUGAAGAUAUUCUAGUAUCAACUGACCGGUCACCAAACAGGAGAUUCAGACUGAAGGAUUUUGGGACAGGAACAUUCACAGUGACCAUCACUGAUCUACAGGAGUCAGACUCUGGGAUUUACUGGUGUGGAGUGAGCAGAGUUAUUCAAGACACAUAUAUAAAAGUAAAUCUGAUAGUAUAUAAAGACAAAAACACAAACACACCUGAGAAGACUCCAACACCAGAGACAAAAUCUGAUUCUCAAACCUCCACAAGUAGAUCAUUCACUCCCACACCUGAUGACAUCACAAUCUCAUCUAAAGGUCAUGAUGAAACACCACAUUCAGCUGAUCAAAGAUUUUUAGAUAAAGCUGGUCCUCUGGUGGGGACUGCUGUGGGUUUGACUGUGAUGCUGAUUAUAUUUUUGGGGAUUUUCUGUAUGCAUAAAAGGAAGAAGAGAAAGUCACACAGUUCCAGUGGUUCAACUCCGAGUGAUGUUAAAAGAGGGACCACAGAGACUGCAGGUGAGGACAUCACAUAUGUGGACAUCACAGAGACUCAACAGCAGACUGAUACACACCCAGUCAUGUAUUCAACUGUCAAUCAUAAUUCUGCAGCCAAUCAGAUUCAAGAUUCAUCCAUCUAUUCCAAUCUCUCAAUCCAACCAUACAACUGUAGCAACCAAACGGCAAACCCCAUCAUUGACACAGUAACAUAUGCAGCUAUUUACAAACAUAAAGUUUCUGCACCAAAAACAUUCAGAUCAGAAGACACAGUAACAUAUGCCAGUGUUUGUUCCUAAAGCUGUUUAACAUACUUGAUGUUUUGUCGAAAUGUAACUUGUACAUUAUUAUUUAUAGUAUAUAAGCGUUUAUCUCUUUUUUUGGAUGUUACAACAAACAGCUUCACCGUUUAUUUCCUGAUCUUUACUGUCUGUAUAUUUGGAUAUUUCUGACAGGUUAGUACUUACCUAGUCAGUAUUCAACUAGUCAGUUUGCUCAGCUCUUUAACUGCUUCAAUUCAUCAUAUGCUGUUUUAAUAAAUGUGAUUCUCACAUCAGGCUUUGACUUGCAUGUAAACAUUUAUAUCACUUUGUACUGAAUAAAGAGAUGUAUCGUAUAUCACCAUUCAUUGGAAGACUGCUGAGAUAUGAAUUUUGGUCAAUA